AAUUAUCGCGAGAGCAGCCGCGGUCGGAUAGGUGUCAGGGGCGUUCCGUGGUUGAGAGGAGGUUGUGGUGCUGGGUUAGAGAAGCCCACCUGGCUGUCAUUUCGGGGGGACAGAGGGAACCCUGCUCGAGAGCUUUAAUGGCAUUGGGUGCUGCCUUCGCGCUGAGGAGGCCUCGUUCCCGAGAUCAGGCCUGACCCGGAUAAGCCCCAGGGUAUUUUUGCAUUCCUUCUUUCCAUGAUGUGAUUCUUCACCCCAGGAAGAAUAAGAUGUGUCUGUAAUUAAAAUUGCUUCAUCCUUAGUGUUUUUCAGCCCAGGAUCGCUAUAUGUAACUAAUGCAGUUACAUUACAAUUUUUCUGGAACAUUAACUAGUUGCACUGGACAUGCUGCUGUUCUUUACUUUGGGACUGCUCGUACAUUUUGUGUUCUUCGUCUCCAUCUUUGACAUUUAUUUUACAUCUCCUUUGGUUCAUGGAAUGACUCCUCACUUUACACCAUUGCCUCCUCCAGCAAGAAGAUUAGUGCUCUUAGUUGCUGAUGGCCUCCGAGCAGAUUCCUUGUAUGAAUUAGAUGAAAAUGGAAACUCCAGAGCACCAUUUCUUAGGAAUAUCAUAAUGCAUGAAGGCAGCUGGGGAAUAUCUCAUACACGUGUGCCAACAGAAUCUCGGCCAGGUCAUGUAGCCCUGAUAGCUGGGUUUUAUGAAGAUGUCAGUGCAGUUGCCAAAGGAUGGAAGGAAAAUCCUGUAGAAUUCGAUUCUCUUUUUAACGAAAGCAAGUACACAUGGAGUUGGGGGAGCCCAGAUAUCUUGCCUAUGUUUGCCAAAGGUGCUAGUGGAGACCAUGUUUAUACACAUAGUUAUGAUGCGAAAAAAGAAGAUUUUGGUGCCCAUGAUGCAACAAAACUGGAUAGUUGGGUUUUUGAUAAUGUUAAGGACUUCUUUCAUGCUGCCAGAAACAACCAGUCUUUGUUUUCUAAAAUAAAUGAAGAGAAAAUAGUUUUUUUCUUACAUUUAUUAGGACUAGAUACAAAUGGACAUGCUCAUCGACCAUCAUCAAGGGACUAUAAGGACAAUAUUAAAAAAGUUGAUGAUGGAGUAAAGGAAAUUGUAUCCAUGUUUAAACAUUUUUAUGGAAAUGAUGGGAAAACGACAUUUAUCUUUACCUCUGACCAUGGAAUGACAGACUGGGGUUCCCAUGGGGCUGGUCAUCCUUCAGAGACUUUAACUCCUUUGAUCACUUGGGGAGCUGGAAUCAAGUAUCCUCAAAAAGUGUCAGCUCAACAAUUUGAUGAUGCAUUUUUGAAAGAAUGGAGAUUGGAGAACUGGAAAAGGCGAGAUGUCAAUCAGGCUGAUAUUGCACCACUGAUGGCUUCUCUUAUUGGAGUUCCCUUUCCCCUUAAUUCAGUGGGAAUCCUUCCUGUGGAUUAUCUUAACAACACUGAUCUCUUCAAAGCAGAGAGUGUGUUUACGAAUGCAGUACAGAUUCUUGAACAGUUCAAGGUAAAAAUGACUCAGAAAAAAGAAGUUACCUUAUCAUUUUUGUUCACACCAUUUAAGUUGCUUUCUGAUUCCACACAGCUCAACAUUUUAAGAAAAGCAAGAUCUUAUAUAAAACAGAAAAAGUUUGAUGAAGUAGUCUCCCUGUGCAAGGAGCUAAUCCAUCUUGCAUUGAAAGGACUGUCCUAUUAUCACACAUAUGACAGAUUCUUUUUGGGCAUCAGUGUUGUUACUGGUUUUGUUGGAUGGACAUCUUAUGCUUCUCUGUUGAUCAUCAAGUCUCACUCCAAUCUUAUAAGAGGUGUUAGUAAAGAAGUUAAGAAACCAAGCCAUCUCCUGCCAUGUAGUUUUGUAGCUAUUGGCAUUUUAGUAGCAUUUUUCCUGCUGAUUCAAGCCUGUCCCUGGACUUAUUAUGUAUAUUGUCUGCUGCCAGUGCCAAUAUGGUAUGCGGUUCUAAGAGAAUUUCAAGUGAUUCAAGACCUUGUUGCAUCACUGUUGUCCUUUCCUCUGAGCCAUUUUGUUGGGUACCUAUUAGUCUUUACCCUCGGAAUUGAAAUAUUAGUUCUCAGUUUUUUCUACCGCUAUAUGCUAACAGCUGGACUUAUUGCUUUUGCGGGUUGGCCAUUUCUCACCCAGCUGUGGACGCGAGCAAAGAUCACCUCACUGAGUUGGACUUUCUUCUCUUUGCUCCUGGCAGUGUUCCCACUGAUGCCGGUUGUAGGUCGAAAGCCAGACAUCUCUCUAGUAAUGGGUGCAGGCUUGCUGCUGCUUCUGCUGUCCCUGUUUGUUGUAACAUCUCUCAUGAAAAGAAAGGGUAGUUUUAUAAAGGAAGAGCUGUUGGUACAUGGAUUACAGAUGCUGAGCACAGUGCUUUCCAUGUAUGUUGUAUAUAGCACCCAUAGUAGUCUACUCAAGAAACAAGGACUGCCUCUUAUGAAUCAAAUUGUUAGCUGGGCAACAUUAGCCUCUUCCUUGGUUGUGCCACUACUGAGUUCUCCAGUUCUCUUUCAGCGAUUGUUUAGCAUACUUCUUUCCUUGAUGUCAACCUACCUACUUCUAAGCACAGGGUACGAAGCUCUCUUUCCAUUAGUGUUGUCAUGUUUGAUGUGUGUCUGGAUAUACAUAGAACAAGAAACCUUACAGCAAUCUGGUGUUUCCUGUAAACAGCAGCUCACCAGUAUCCAGUUCUCCUAUAAUACUGACAUAACUCAGUUUCGGCAGCUCUAUCUGGAUGACAUCCGUAGGGCCUUUUUCCUUGUUUUUUUCUUAGUGACAGCAUUUUUUGGAACUGGAAAUAUAGCUUCUAUUAACAGCUUUGACCUUGCUUCUGUAUAUUGUUUUCUGACUGUGUUUAGUCCUUUUAUGAUGGGAGCCCUGAUGAUGUGGAAGAUUUUAAUCCCCUUUGUUCUUGUCAUGUGUGCUUUUGAAGCGGUUCAGUUAACUACUCAGUUAUCAUCAAAAAGCCUUUUUCUCAUCGUUCUCAUCAUAUCAGAUGCUAUGGCUUUGCACUUUUUCUUCUUGGUCAAGGAUUAUGGCAGCUGGCUUGAUAUUGGAACAAGCAUCAGCCACUAUGUGAUUGUCAUGUCCAUGACCAUCUUUCUGGUGUUUCUCAAUGGCCUGGCACAGCUGCUCAUGACAAAGAAACUCAGACUAUGUGGCAAACCCAAAAGCCAUCUCAUAUGAUGUUGCCAAAGCCAUCAUUUAGCAUAUGGAUCCUGUUUCUUCUUCUCCUUUUAAACUAAAAUCCCAUCAAGGAUUCAAUAAGAAGAUGGAUAUUGAUGAACAGCAAAUGCUAAUCCUAUAAAGAAAAUGUGUAUUUGGAAUCCUGAAUUUACAGAUUAUCUAGAAUAAAGGAGCUUCCUUUUUUUUUUUUUUUUAGCUUUUGCAAGCAUGAGAUAGUGAUUCUAUCCGUGGAAAAGCAUAGGAAAACAUUCUUCAUUUUUAUAUUUUUGCUUUAGCUGGCAGUUCUUCUCAGUGAUGUUCAGAGCACCUGCAACAAUCUGGUCCCUAACGGUAUAGCUUCUCAUAUCCCCGAAGGAGAACAUGUGCCUGUGGGGGCAGUACUGGCGGCAUCCAAAAUCAUUGCUGUGUUUGAACUUAAAGAAAUCACCAGGUGGCUCCAUAAAUAUUUAUCAGCUUUCAGUGCUUGUUUUGUAGUAGUCCUAACUACUCAACAGCAUCACUAGAAAGACAAUGAGGGUGUGUUAUUUCAAAUUUACUAAAGCUUCAAUAGAAAAAAUUUUUGCAGGUGUUUGUCAUUUUUCUUCAGUAUGCAGUAAUAUCUUAUGCUUCUUAGUGCUGUUUCUAGGGUUUUUAUAGUCAACCAGCCAGAUGCAGGUUUAACCUUCGCUUUUUCAUAUUUGGAUUCUCAUGGAAUUUCUGGCAAUACAAAAGUAGAAAAUGCUUAGUAUUUGUGUCUUGUCCAUAGGAAAAAAUUUAAAAAGAGUAGUUUUUAAUGGUAGACUCAACAUCUGUUACCCCUAUAGCUGCCUCACGCAUUAUUUCAACAGGAUUCUUUAAAUCAGUAAACUUUCUGACAAUAUCACAAGAAUUUUUGUUAAAAUUGUAAUUCCUUCUGGUUGUAAGAUUCUAGUCCAAAGACCUAAAAUCAUCUCAUUAAAUUAGACUUCCAUUUUUAAACUAUUUAAUAAUUCUAAUGGGCAAAAUAUUUUGAGAGCAAUUUUUGUUUGGAUUGUCCAUGAAAAGAGUUUUUCAAAUCACUGUAGAGUUUGCCUUUUGCUCAUGGUGUGCCAGUACUUUGUGGCUGAUGCUAAGCUUUGCUGGUAUGUGCCCCAUUUAAAAAAAUAAUUGCUUUUGAAUUAAGUUAAUUUACAUUAAUGAUAAGGAAGCCCCCUACAUAUUAUUAGAGUGUUCAAAUUGGCAGAUAAGUGAACAAAUACAAUUUAGAAGACUCAAAAAUCAGUUCGGUGAAGUGUAGUUUCUUAAUUUCUAUUUAUGGUGAAGUAUAGUUAGAAUUUAUUUGUAAUAAUACUUCAUGGAAUAGCUGUGAAAGCAUUAUAGUAUUUUUUUUAAAAGAAGUGUUUAUGUUAAUAUAAGACCUCAUGCAUUAGUCUGUAAUAUAAAAUCUAAAUGGACAACUAAGAAGCAACAGUAGCAAAUGAUGACAUUGGCAGAAAGAGAAUCAUGAACUUUCAUAUUACCUCAAAGGAUUUUUGUAUCUGUUUUUUUUUUUCACAUGUCAGAGAAAACUUAUUUUAUAAACACUUAUGGCUUAACCCUUUUUAUAUCUAGUUUUGUCUUUCAUCUAUUCCCAGGUUUUCAUACAGCAAAAUUAAUGAAUAUUUUAUUACAACGUUGUAAAAGGUGCUCAGUGCUUUAUCUUUCUUUAUUUUACUCUUCAAAGCAUCUUUUUCUUAAUAUUGUCCUUUCAGGUCAGUGUGAGUUUAUAGAAGAGGUAAAUACACCUGUAGCCACAGGCUCUCCUUGCUGCACUAUAACUGGACUCACCUGGGUACAGGCCUUUUCUGUUGUGCUGUUUCUCAGGUAUCUUAAAACGUUUUGAAAUGUAUAUUUUUAUAUUGAAUAACAGAAAAAAAUAAGACUUAGGUAAAAAGUAUUUCUGUUUAAAGCUUUUAUUUUUUCAUUCUACCUGUGCCAUGCUAGAUUUCCAAAUCAAGACUUAAGACAUUUGCUGGUUAACAUUGUUUAAAUUAGGAAUUGUUGUAAGAAUUAAAGUGGGCAUAUUAAGUUAGGAAAAUAUUGAACAACAGAAAAGCCAUGCCAUGUCACAGGUGCCAUGAAUAAAUUUGGGAGUGAACUCUAAGGCUUUAGGAAACUAAUUACAGCCUGUCCAUAAUUUACCAGUAGGUUAAUUCUCUAUAUUAUUAUAUUUAGUGUGCAAUAUUAGAACAUAAAAUGCCAUUUUAUUUUAAGGAAAAUAAUGUUAUAAAUGGUGGUAUAUUCUUACAAUAAUGUCCUCAAAAUUAUUUAUUAAUGAUGGAGCUGAACUGUUAUCAGUUAUAUCAAUAUUUCUCAUGAAAAACUCAUUCCAGAUUUUAGCCAACUCAGAUGUUAGGAACAUCACCUAUAUCAGCCCACCUCCCCCCUGCCACCUUUACACACCUGUUUUGGUAAACCCUUGCUCCUCCUUUUUGACAUAUAACUGUGCCAUGAAAACCAUGAUUUCUGAUGAAGCUGGCCUAGAGGGAAAGAAGAGGAUUGCCUGGGUGUGGUCCUUAGAGACAGGCAUAGCUGCUACAGGGUUUCCCUUUCCUUGGGAGAACAGGGUAAAAGCUCCUGUAUACACAUUAGAUGCCACCUUGUCAGGGGGUUAAAGAGAAUGAAGCUAAUUCAACUCAGUCAUUUGGAGAGGAGCCCCUGUAGACCAGUUCUGAGGAAUCUUUUAAGAGACCAGAUAUAACUUGGUCAUUUCUCACCUCUUCAUAGGUUCUUUUUAUGUUAACAUUCCUCUCAUUCUCUUUAAAAUGUUUUAAAGUAUUUUUGUUUGUUAAGCUGUGUGCUUUCAGUACUAUGGUAAUGUCUUUGUAGCAUUUUCCCGUUUUUGCAUCAGCAUAGUUUAUAAAAAAAAGGGUGGGUAGGAUUUCUGCACUUAAUAUUCAUUCUAUAAAGAAAUAAAAAGAACAUUUGAGAUGCAUCACAUAUUUAUUUCUUUAGAUACGCUAAAACAGAUUACAGUUGUUGCUCGACUCACUGCACUUAGAAUUGUAGUAUUUAUUUGUCACAUAGCAGCAUUUCUCAGAGUAUGGCCCUUAGAACAUCUGUUCCUUGGUAUACAAAUAUAAUGUGAUAAUAAACAGGGUUCCUUGAUCAAAUAUGCUUGAUAAAUACCUGUCAAACAAAGUCAUAUAGGUGUAUUUAUUUUAGUACUGAGGGGAUGUAACUUGCUUUGUGCAUUUAGAAGGGAGGAAGAUAGCACUAUGUACAAAAUUUUCACUUGCUUGAUUGCAGACCCUACGUUAGAGUCUGCCUCCCAAUUGGUAAACAUACUUUAGAAAUGUCUCCAUGUACUUUUACACUUAAAACCUCAAUUUGUCACAGUUUUAAAAAUAGGGUGUUGUAUGCUUAAUUGAAUUUUUUUUGCCCUGAGAACUGGAAAACCAUUUUUAUUUUAACCCUUAAUGUAGGAAAAGUUUAAAAUGUACCUGUAGUUUUGCCUGACUCUGUAAAUUAUGCCUGUCAUUUAGUCUUUCAUGUGGGUAACUUCAGUACUGGCAGAUUGCAUCCAUACACAGCUCAUUGUACAGCCUUAUCAUAGUUUGGACUAAGUCUGUAUACUUUAUAUUUUAUACCUUUCCCCUAAAAAGUAAAUUGACAACAUUAUCAGCUUGUUUUCUUAUGAUUUGACACUGUAAAGGGUGAUUACUACUAAUUAAUAUUUUAAAAAAUGCUUAGUUAUAAAAAAUUCUGAAAAGAAAAUAUCACUCAUCAAGAUUUCCUUUAAUUGACCAUAAAGGGCUAAAAUCUAAAAUUCUUAUUACUCUUGAGUAAACUCAUGAAAAGAUAAAUUCUUUUUACACAAGAAUUUAAAUAGCUUGACUUAUAUCAUCUACCACUUGCAUCAAAUAUCAACAGUUCCAUGAAUUUGUAAUUUUUGUGUGUGUGUGUAUGUGUGCUGUAAGUAGAUAAUCUUUAGUGGACUUGACUAAUAUGAUUUUGGAGGAACCAACAAAGAUAAAUGUAAAUCUUAUGGAUAUCUUAACUUUUUUUUUUUUCAGUUGAAAUUUCUUUUAAUUAAAAGACCAAGGGACAAGAAGCUCCUUUGUUACAGUGCAUUACAUUUGGCUCUUAUAUAGAGUAAAAUAUACAUCAGGGAGUCAAAUGUUUAUACCAGCACCCAACUCUGACUUGUAGCAAGCCAACAGUGUAGCAAGAUUUCUUUUUCUGGCAUUGAGAUUGUAAUACAUCUUUUACAUGUAGUAUGUUCUUUGGUAGACUUAAUCAUUCAGUAGAAUUACAGAAUAUAUUUGCCAAGAAAAAUAUAUUUAAUGUAAAAUUUGAACAUAGUACUUCUCACCAUAAGUUAUUUAUAUAGACUAUUAACUUUUACCUAGAGUAUCUCAUUCCUAGAACAUCCAGGAAAAGUGGUCAGUAUAUUAGAAGUUCCUGUCCUUGCUGAUGAGAAGUAAUGUCCUUAAAGCUAGAAACCAUAAAAUCAAAUCUGAAUUUGCCUGAUAUGCCUCUGCUUGUGUUGUCAUAUCUCUUAUGUUAUUGUAAUUGGUUUUAUUUUAUUAAAAAAUCAUAACACCUCAACCAGGUGAUCAUCGUUAAGAUCAACAGUGAUAACUUACAUCGAUAGCAUGUAACUUGGAUAUGAUAUGAUGACAAUGACAUCAUCAUCUUCUAUGGACCUCCUCCCCCAAACUUAUAACCCCAAUGUAAUCAAGAGAAAAACAGACAAAUAUUAAUACAGGCACCUUUUACAAAAUACCUGGUGAGUACUCUUCAAAACUGUCAAGGUCAUAAAAAACAAGGUAAAACUAAGAAAGUAUCUGAGUCAAGAAAAGCCUAGGGUGAUGUGACUACUCAAUGCAAUGUGGCAUCCUGGAUGGGAUCCUACAACAGAAAAGGACAGUAGGUUAAAACUAAGGAAAUCUGAAUAAAGUGUGGGCUUUAGUUAAUAAAUUAUUAAUAUUGGUUCAUUAAUUAUGAAAAACAUACCUUACUAAUGUAAGAUAUUAAUAUUAGAAAUCAGGUGAGAGGGGUGUGUGGCAACUCUUUGUAUCAUCUUUGCAAAUUUUCUAUAAAACUAUUUUAAAAUAAAAAUAAAAUUAAUUGUAAUUGUAUGUUUUUAAAGUUUAUACUACAUACACAAUAAUUUUACAUAAAAGCAUAAGUGAUAUCGUAACAGAUAAGCAGGGGAUUGAAGGGAUGAUUUGUGCAGUCCCUGGUUUCCCUGUUUUCCCUAUUUCUACCUUCCCUUGUUUUCUCUGUGUGACUCUACUCCUGUCACUCCCCUCUCUGAGCCAUGUUAGAGCCCAGUAUGUAUACGUAUCUUUCUUACUGAAUUAGUUUCCAUCAAUUAUUAUAGUAAUCCAUUUAACUUCAUGAAUUUCCAUCAGUUAUUAUGUUCAACAUCAAUAUCAUGUGACUGUAGUGGUCAAUUGUGUCUUUGCUCAGCAUUCUCUCUUCUUGAGAUAUCUCUGCCUCCAUGGCUAACCUUGUGUUUCUGGCAGGAGCUAAAUGUCUUUAUGAUUCUUUUCUUACCACAGUUGACUAGUUUAGGGGUGCUUAUUUGACCCAAGCCAGGCCAAUCUGAGUUCUUUGCAAGAUUUUCAAGCUGCAACUGAAAGGAAAUUUCUAGGAUGCAAGGUUCAGGAGCUGUUGGUGGUCAAGUUUAAUUAAGUGAGAUAUUCCAGUAACCUUCCAAUAAGUAAUCUCCUCCAAAAAAAAAAAAAAAGGGGGAUUGAUUUCUCUGGCAGUUCUCAGAACACAGUGGAUUAUGACAAAUCCAAAGCUCCACUUAAAAUGUUUAUGUUUGUAUAUGUUCUUUUUAUUUUCUAAGUUGGAAUUGAGGGAGCAGAAUGGUUCCAUGAAAACUAUCUCAGACUCUCACCCUGACUCACAGUACUACUUUCAUGCCUAAUAUUACAAAAUAUAUGUGCCUGUUUUGGUAUUACAUAAUUAAAAAUCUAAACUUUACAUAGCCUCUAUCCCCAAGAAAUGCAAAGAGUGUUUGCAUAUUCAUUCCCAAGUUCUCUCAGGUGCUACUGGAGAAAUAAUAAUCACUAUGGAGAGCCUGCCAUAUGCCAGGCUGUGGCAAGUACUUUACAUUCGUUAUCUCAUUUAAUUGAGUCAUUGCAACCACUUGUGCUGGGCCAGACCUUGGGGAACCUGGUUUGGGUUCCAGUCUGUCAAGAAGAACAUCUUAGACUCUGCUCAAGUUUGGUUUUACUUUAGUAAAAGCAACAAAUAAGCACUGGAAAGAUAAUAGAGAAAAAUUUGUAGUUUUUUGUUUUUUGCCCCUCUUGCAGGUCUCCCUAGCUCACCUUGUCUCCACCAAAGAUUGAGGCUCUUCAAAGCCUGAGUAGAAUGAUGUGCCCAGUAAGGCAGAGGAGCACAGAGCGUGAGCCUGCUGCCCUCUGAGCUCCCAGCCAUGGCAGCAUUCCCAAACGACUUGCAUGACCAUAAGAGGCAGCUGUUGCACUGCUCGGGAGGGCCAGCUUCACCAGGCCUGUACGUCCCUGCUGUGUCUGCACCAGGACCUUCUCUCAGUGCCUGUGCCUGCAUGACAGGGGCUGUUCCACCCAUGUCCACCUAGAGCCCUUGUGGUCAGGCCUGGCCAUGGCCCGCACAAUGCCAACAAAAAUAGAUAUUACCAAAAAAAAAAAAACCAAAAUAGAUAUUAGCUUUAUUUUCUAGAUAAGAAAACUGAAGUUCAAAAAGUUUUUAAAUGCAUUUCUCAGACCCCCCCACCCUCCACUUAGCAAGUUGACUUGCUAGUCAACUCAGACUUAAUUCAGUCUGACUUGAAAGCCAAGACUUUAACUGCCACCCUCUGCAGAAUCCCUUAGGGAUAUACAGCUGCUUCCUUGGGAAUGCCAGAAAAAUAGUCCACACAGAGGACAACAAUUUGAAAAUCUGAAUACUUUAAUCUUUCGCUUAAGUCACGUGAGUGGAAUCACAUAGAUGAUGAUAGCAGUAGCCUUGAUCUGCAGGCCAGUGGCAUGAAUUAAAAUAACCCAUUGCAUUAAUUAUCAAAUAAUUUGAUAUCCUCUUGUUGCCAGGCAGAGUGGAGAUACAAAGUGUAAGACAUCAGCCCUGUCCUUGAAGAACUGGUGGUAUAAUUAAAGAGAGAUAAUAGUAAUUCCACUGGCAGAUAAUAUUUACUGAGUGGUUCCUCUGCACCAGCCCCUUGGGCUCAAGUCCCUUGAUGUGAACCACCUCAAGGAAGACCAGCAAUAUAAAACAUGGACAGUUUAAUGCUAAGUGAGUAGCCAGACACAGACAAAAAGUACUCUCUGUGAUAUGUUAACAUACCAGUUAGCAUCUACUAAGAUAAGUAUUCUUUAAGGGCAUGUGGCAAUGUUGUGCUUUACCUGAAAUGCCAGUGUCUGAACCAGAAGUUGAUAUAUGAGAAUGGCACAAUAUGGCCACUGAGAACCAGUAGAAUGAAACCAGACCUUCUAUGGAGAGCUUUGUGGCUCCUAGUCUAGAAUCUCUCGACUGUUCCUCUUUUCCAUAAACCAUGUGUUAUGUAAGAUCAAGUGCUAAAAUAUCCAGAGGAAGGAAGAACAAUAUAAUCCAUGGUUCACAUGUAUUCUUCUACUUUAGCAGUGGCAAGCAUUGCUAGCUAUCUACCCAAUAUCCAUUCUCUCCUUUUUCACAAUCAGAACCCUGCUUUAUUUAUCAGAAAUAUGUCUGGAUGUUUUAAAAAUCCCAUCCUCCCUUGAAACAAGGCAUGCCAAAGCAGUUCCGCUGUGGCCAAUAAUAUUUAAACAGAAGCUUCUGGGCAGGGCUUCUGGAAAGCUCUUAGCUGGCGUGAUCCUUUUUGCCUUUUCCUCUUUUAAUGCCUGAAAUGUAGGCAACCUACAGGAGGUGGAGCACUUAUUUUGCAACCUUGCAAUAACACACUUGAAAAUGAAACUGCCUGGAAAAGAAGGCUUAGCUGGAAGAGGGAAGAUGCCUGAGUCCAUGAUAGAAUCCCUUAGCCUCUCACAUACCAGCCCAAGACAGCCCACCUCCAGCUUCUUGAUAUGUGAGAAAAAUGAAGCCUCUUUUGGUUAAGCACCCCAAAUUUGUUGACCCUUAUGUUCCUGACACACUUGUUGGAAUUAGAAAUGUAAGUGCUUAUUAACAAUAAAUUAGGUUUCUUAAAUAAUGCCUUCUAUGAAAAUAAAUAAUUGAACUGUCUGGUUUCCCAGGGGAAUUUCACAGCUGGGGGAAUUUAUACCUGACAUUGAGUUACAUUGUUUUGUUUAGAGAUGGCCAUAAUCAAGGCAUUGGUUCAGAGUCUAAGUUGAACUUUACAUAACUGUACAAAAAUCAAAUGAUUAAUUUGCUACUGCCUAUCUUAGGGGUGCAUUUCUUUUCAGAUUAUAUAUUUAUAUAUAAUAUAUAACAAAAUAUACAGUCUUAUUAACCCCAUUGCUAACUUUAUUGGAAAUUUUUAACAACUCAGUAUUCAUUUUAUCCUACACUGUAUUGACUAUUUUGUUGACUGAAUUGACUGAUCAGUUAAUUACAAACAGUCAAAUAGACUUUAAAUAUGGAUCAAACUUCAAUGUAGACAUUUAUGUCCAUGUGGGCAAAAAGUUAUUAGAUCCAGAGACCAAAACAAAAUAAGAACACCUUGGCUUUUUAGCCAUUCACCAAUGGGUUGUAUGAUUUUAAAAUAUUUGCCAUGUGCCUGUAUCCCAGUUAUGCAGGAAACUGAGGCAGGAGAAUCGCUUGAGCCUUGGAGUUUGCGGCCAGCAUGGGCAACAUAGUAAGAUUCCAUCUCUAAAAAAAUUAAAUUUAAAAAAAUUUAAAAAUUUUAGCAAAAUAAAAUGUUUGCCAUUUUAUCCAUUGGUUCCCAAAUCUAGACCCCUGCCUCCUUCAAGCCUUUACCAUGUGAUAAGGGAAACCCAAAGAUGUCAUUGAUCUGAUUCUUGCCCUCAAGAAACUUAUAAUCCAAAUUGGGAGACAGAACUCCUGUGUUUAUUGGUUAUGAGCAUAUACUCUAGAAUCAUACAGACCCAUCUGGGUUCUGCCUCUUAUUUGUUGUGUGACCUCAGGCAAACCUCUCCAAGUCUCCAAUGACUCAUUUGCAAAACCAUGACAAUACUGCCUGUCCUAUGACAUGGUUAUUGGUCUCAUUGCACUUAUAAUUUAUACUAGAUUGAAACAUUAAAUGUAUUAAAUUAUUUGUGCACAAGCUUUUACCUCCCAAUAAGGAUAUUAGCUCCUUAGUACAUUGCUUAAAGUUUGAUUGUAGAUUAUAGUUGUUGAAUAAAGGCAGCAUGUGAUAUUUGCUCUAUGGGCAAUAUAUGCAAUAAAUGCUUAGAGACAGAGAGAGAAAGCUCAGGAAAAAUGAUGCUAAGUUUAUAUUUCCAAUAAAGUAAAAACAGUAUAAUUAGGAAAGUGCAUUUUUGAAGUUGGUUACGUGUAGGCCAUUGGCUUGGGGCAUGCUUGCACCAGAUUCUUAACAUUCACCUUUCAGGCACAUGUCAGCUGCUUUCCAAAUGGUAUAUGAAGCAGAAGAAUGAAGAGUUUUCUUUACUUUUUUUUUUUUUAUCAGCCUUGAAGAGUGGAGGUAAAUAUUGGUUGUCUGUAUUCAAGUAAUUGAAGUUUUGUGAAGAACUGGAAGUCCACAGUAUACUUAGUAUAGUGGGUUGAAUUAUGCCCUGCAAAAGAUACCUUCAUGUCCUAGGCCCCAGAAUCUGUGAAUGUGACCUUAAUUGGAAAAAGAGUCUUUGCAGAUAUGAUGAAGGAUUUAAGAUGAGAUCAGGUGGUGACUCAGGUGGUCCCUAAAUCCAGUGACAAACAUCCUUAUAAGGGACAGAAGAGAAGUCAGAAGGAUGAGAAGGCCGUGUGAAGACAGAGUGAUGUAGCCACAAGUGAAAGACACCUGGAGCUACCAGCAGCUGGAAGAGGCAAGGGAGGAUCCUCCCCUCAAGCCUCCAGAGAGAGCAUGAUUCUACUGAUACCUUGAUGUGGGAUUUUGGAACUGUGAGAGAAUAAAUUUCCACUGGUUAAGCCACUCAGUUUGUGGUAACUUGUUACAGCAGCCACAAGAAGUAUAUACCUUGGGGAGGUGAAUUGUACACAACAAUCAACUACUUUUUGUGUACUUUUCCACGUACCACUCAAAUCCUUACCAUACCAGGUUAGUUACAAAGACAUGAAAAUAGAAAAAAAAAAAAAAA